AUGAAUGGAGAUGUUUUCUCAUUGCCUGUUAGGAAAAGAUUGGUCACUACUUUAAUUUAUUCUAUUUUUGAUUAUUGCGCGGCUAUUUAUACUGAUAUUACAGGUCAACAACAGAUUAGACUUCAGAGAAAAUUAAAUACUUGUGUACGAUACAUUGUUAAAAUAUCAAAGUAUGAACAUGUAACUCAAUAUUACACUGAGCUUCGUUGGCUGACACUUAGUUCUAGGCGUAAAUUUUUCUUAUCGUGUCUUAUUUAUAAAGCAUUGUAUCUUAAUCAAAAGCCUCUAAUUAGGCGAGACUUAGAAAUUCUUGAGCCUCGCCUACGCCGAGGAGAUAUUCGUCAAGCCUAUCUUGAGUUACCGGUUUAUCAUUCAGCAAAGUAUGAAAAAUCAUUCUUGAUAUCUGCGAUUAAAAUCUGA